UCCCGAGCUGAGGCGAAAGGGCAGCAGCCAUAUACACCGAUUUCAAAUAACAACAUAAAACAGGCCGCGUGAAACUAAAAAAAUCAAAUUUGGAAAAAACUGGCAAUUUGCCGAGAUGUAACUUUUUCCUCCAUUCAACAAUUUGCAGAAGGAGGAGAGCAGAAUGGGAGAGAAAAACAGCGGCUGGUCCUGAAGGCUGCCUUAACGACUAUUUGCACAGUCAGCUUUGCCGGGUCUAGUUUUCUAAAGAAUUUGACUUGCAGGAAAACCAAAUGGCUUACGGCUUGACUCACACCAGUAUGAGCGUGAAGAAGCUGUCCAUCUUUCUGCUAGUCCUCUUUAUUUGUUUAGAGGGAGGAUCAGCCAAAGAGAAGGGAACCAAAAAGGGGAAAAAGAAAGGAAAGCAGGUUUACUGCCCUUCACAGCUGUCAUCUGAGGAUCUGGCACGGGUCCCUGCAAAUUCAACCAGUAACAUCUUGAACAGGUUACUGAUCAGCUAUGAUCCCAGAAUAAGGCCGAACUUCAAAGGAAUCCCUGUCGAAGAUCGAGUGAACAUUUUCAUCAACAGCUUCGGCUCAAUCCAGGAAACCACCAUGGAUUAUCGAGUCAACAUCUUCCUGCGGCAGCGCUGGAACGACCCCAGGCUGAGGUUACCGCAGGACUUCAAGUCCGACUCGCUCACCGUCGAUCCCAAGAUGUUCAAAUGCCUCUGGAAACCCGACCUGUUCUUCGCUAACGAAAAGAGCGCCAACUUUCAUGACGUCACUCAGGAGAACAUCCUCCUGUUCAUCUUCCGUAAUGGAGACGUCCUCAUCAGCAUGAGGCUGUCCGUCACGCUGUCUUGUCCUCUGGACCUAACAUUAUUCCCCAUGGACACUCAGAGGUGCAAGAUGCAACUUGAGAGCUUUGGGUAUACGACAGACGACCUGCAGUUCAUGUGGCAGACGGGAGACCCGGUGCAAAUGGACGCCAUUGCCCUGCCCCAGUUCGACAUCAAACAGGAGGAUAUUGAUUACGGAAACUGUACCAAAUACUACGCUGGAACAGGGUACUACACCUGUGUGGAGGUAAUCUUCACCCUAAGGCGGCAGGUUGGCUUCUACAUGAUGGGUGUUUAUGCUCCCACGCUGCUCAUCGUGGUCCUCUCAUGGCUCUCCUUCUGGAUUAACCCUGAUGCCAGUGCUGCCAGGGUGCCUUUGGGCAUCCUCUCGGUGCUCUCUCUGUCCUCUGAGUGCACGUCUUUGGCUUCAGAGCUGCCCAAGGUAUCCUACGUGAAGGCCAUCGACAUCUGGCUCAUUGCCUGCCUGCUGUUCGGUUUCGCUUCGUUGGUGGAGUACGCUGUGGUUCAAGUGAUGCUCAACAGCCCCAAGCGCAUUGAGGCCGAGAAGGCCAAGAUGGCGUCCAAGGAGAAGGCGGAGGGAAAGAGCACCGCUGCCAAGAACAACACGGUCAACGGGACCGGGGGGACGCCGCUUCAUGUCAGCACCUUACAUGUGGCGGAGACCCGCUGUAAGAAGGUGUGCACCUCUAAAUCAGACCUGCGGACCAACGACUUCAGCAUCGUGGGCUCACUCCCACGGGACUUUGAGCUCUCGAACUUUGACUGCUACGGGAAGCCCAUCGAUACCGGCAGCAGCCUCGGCAAAUCCCAGGCCAAGAACAACAAGAGACCUCCUCCUCCGAAACCCGUCAUCCCCUCAGCUGCCAAAAGAAUCGACCUGUACUCCCGAGCCCUCUUCCCCUUCUCUUUCCUCUUCUUCAAUGUGAUUUACUGGUCUGUGUACUUGUGAUCAUCUUGAAAUCAUCUUAUAUCAUCCUCCCCUUUAUUAAUUAGAUUAGAUCAUUAAUCAAAUUACAAUCAAAGAGUUUCAUUCCAAAAUAAAAUGAAAUAUCCCCUGUUUGAAUUGUUCGCAUACAAAAUGACCACUGACAUGAAAAUAAAACUCACUGCAGAUUAUUGUUGAACAUGUCAGUUACCCUUAACUAUCAAUCACCAAAAAUGAAUUAUUAAACUCAUUUGUAUUUUUGAUCUACUGAAUAAUAAAUAUCCCAUGAUCUCCUUUCCCCCCAAAAAGGAUAUUCUUCAGCAUCUUGGAAUGAAGCACUUUAAAUUUAUUGAUAUUGGUACUAGAGAGACUGAUAGGGCAUCGCAGACAUAACUCUUGUGAUGUUUGGUGUAAAAACAAUCCACAGUCAAAGAUUAUGAUCACAUAAUUAUCGAU